AUCCUUCUGGAUGCCAGGAAGGGCCUUACCACGGGGCUUUUGUCAAAGUUUAAAAGGGGGGGAGGAAAGGAAAAGCCACAGUGUUGGGCAGUCCCACUUUACUUGACUACUAUGAUGUCACAAACCACAUGAUUCUGUCUCUCCAGUAACAGUGCUUGCAAAAAAAAGGAGUUUUAAAAGCUUUUGCUUUUUUGGAUUGUGUGAAUGCUUCAUUCGCCUCACAAACAACCACAGAACCACAAGUGCGGUGCAAACUUUCUCCAGAAGGAUGCAGCAAGAAGCCUUUGGUUUUUAAAUGGUUAAUCUCAACAGGUCACCAGCAGCCACCGAGACCAACAGAGUCAUAUAAGGCUUCAAGCAGUAUUUGCACCAGAAGAUAACACACACUGUGUGACGGGAGGGGAGAACAAUGGCAUCGAACAGUCUCUUCAGCUCAGUGACACCCUGUCAGCAAAACUUCUUCUGGGAUCCCAGCACCAGCCGGAGGUUCAGCCCGCCUUCCAGCAGCCUGCAGCCCGGCAAGAUGAGCGACGUGAGCCCCGUGGUGGUGGCGGCGGCCGCCCAGCAGCAGCAGCAGCACCCGCAGCACCCACAACAGCAGCAGCAGCACCAGGAGGCGGCGGCGGCGGCGGUGCCCCGGCUGCGCCCGCACGACAACCGCACCAUGGUGGAGAUCAUCGCCGACCACCCGGCCGAGCUGGUGCGCACCGACAGCCCCAACUUCCUGUGCUCCGUGCUGCCCUCGCACUGGCGCUGCAACAAGACGCUCCCGGUGGCGUUCAAGGUGGUGGCUUUAGGAGAAGUCCCUGAUGGCACAGUGGUCACAGUCAUGGCUGGGAAUGAUGAAAAUUACUCUGCAGAGCUGAGGAAUGCCUCUGCUGUAAUGAAGAAUCAAGUGGCACGGUUUAAUGACCUGAGAUUCGUUGGCAGAAGCGGAAGAGGGAAGAGUUUUACCUUGACAAUAACAGUCCUUACAAAUCCCCCCCAAGUGGCUACGUACCACAGAGCUAUCAAGGUGACAGUGGAUGGACCCAGAGAACCAAGGAGGCACAGACAGAAGCUUGAUGACUCUAAACCUAGUUUGUUCUCUGAGCGGCUCAGUGAUUUAGGGCGCAUUCCUCAUCCCAGUAUGAGAGUAGGGGUCCCGACUCAGAGCCCACGGCCCUCUCUGAACUCUGCACCAAGCCCUUUUAAUCCACAAGGACAGAGUCAGAUUACAGGUGCUUCAGAGCUGGGCCCAUUUUCAGAUCCCAGGCAGUUUGCCAGCCUUUCAUCCCUCACUGAGAGCCGGUUCUCCAACCCGCGAAUGCACUAUCCAGGCACCUUCACUUAUGCGCCGCCCGUCACCUCAGGCAUGUCAUUGGGUAUGUCAUCCACAACUCAUUACCACACCUACUUACCGCCACCUUACCCAGGCUCCUCCCAAAAUCAAAGUGGACCAUUCCAGACCAGCAGCACUCCCUAUCUCUACUACGGCACUUCGUCAGGAUCAUACCAGUUCCCCAUGGUGCCAGGAGGAGAUCGCUCCCCCUCCAGAAUGCUGCCUCCCUGUACCACCACCUCCAACGGCGGCAGCGCACUGUUAAACCCUAACUUGCCUAACCAGAAUGAGGGUGUGGAGGCUGAUGGAAGCCACAGCAGCUCCCCAACAGUCUUGAAUUCUAGUGGCAGAAUGGAUGAAUCCGUUUGGAGGCCAUACUGAAUGAAAGUUUAUUGCACGGCCUAAAGUCAGUGAGCCAAAAAGAAAGAAAGAAAGAAAGAAAGUCAGCUAAUUAUAAAGUGCCUGUUUUCCCCCCCUUUUCCUUUGAAUAGAUUCUCUUGCUAUGUACAGCUGUGUAGCUGGGAUGGUAUAA